GCCGGUUGGAAUUGAAUCAAUGAAUCAAUCAUGUCACUGUAAAAUUUGGAAAGCAGGGAGGGUCCACUGCCUAUGAUGUUAAGUUACAUAAGGGGACUUCUCUCAUGCUAUCAUUCUCUUUCUCUGUUUCUCUCUCUCUAAAAUGUUUACAUCUUAUACAUCUUUUCUUUCUAUCUGCAUAUACAAAUCGAUGAUAUGAUAUGAUACUCUCUUUUUACAUGCUUGCUUUUCCUACCCUUUUUUCUGUUUACUUUACGAGAGAAGGGAAAGGAGUGUAUGUAUGUGUAUAUUAACAAAAGUUCAUAGCAAAAAUAAUUGAGCUUGGUUGAAAGCAAGCAAGCAAAAAUAUAAACAAUAGAGAAAGAAAAGAUUUUUGUGGUUCUGAGAAAGAGAACAGAGGAAAAGAAAAGACAGAAAGCGCAACGUCAGAGUUAGCCGUAGGGUUCUCCUUGCUUUGUGGUUUCCGGUAUUCAGAUACAGAGGGAAUCCUUCUUCUCAUCUCUCAUCUCUCUCUUUUUCUGAUUUUCAACUUUCAGUACCUUGGUCUAUAUUUUUGUUCAUAUUACUGUGGCCAUCACUGGAUUUAAUUUCUUGGUAUAUAUAUAAAAAUAAAUAAAUUCUCUUGGGUUGGUGCCAAACAAAUUUUGCUUCAUAGAUGUAGAGAACUCUCUCCACUUUUCAUUUUUUCCCCCAUGUAUACUAAUUUUCGUUCUUUGUUGGGAUUUCAAAGACUAUAUAUUCCUGAGCUGUCUAUCAAUUUUGCCUCUAUGUUCUGUUGUUUUUCCCACUAGUCCAGUUCAUGGUCCUUUCUGUUUUGGAUGAGGGCUGUCCUUAGAUCCUAGAUUUAGAAGCUAGCAAGACGUGUAAGAUAAGAAAAACUCAGAUCUAUGGCUCACGACAAAUCAAAUAACUCCAAAUAUGAGAAAAGAUGAUGAAGGGUUUGAUACUUUGAUGUUCCAAUAACAAGUAGAAGAAAGCAUGUCUAAUUUGACUUGUGCAUCCGGUGAAGCUAGUGCUUCUUCAGGCAACAGAACCGAAAUUGGCACUGAUUACUCUCAACAAUACUUUGCUCCACCAACAACUCAAACUCAGCCUCCACUAAAGAAAAAGAGAAACCUUCCUGGCAACCCAGACCCGGAAGCUGAAGUGGUCGCGUUGUCUCCAAAGACCCUUUUGGCGACCAAUAGGUUCAUUUGUGAGAUCUGCAACAAGGGAUUUCAAAGAGAUCAGAAUCUUCAACUUCACAGAAGAGGGCAUAACUUACCGUGGAAGCUGAAGCAGAGAACAAGCAAGGAGAUAAGGAAGAAGGUGUAUGUGUGUCCAGAAGUUACUUGCGUACACCACGACCCUUCGAGGGCACUGGGGGACCUAACCGGUAUCAAGAAGCACUUCUGCAGAAAACACGGCGAGAAGAAGUGGAAAUGUGACAAAUGCUCCAAGAAGUAUGCUGUUCAAUCUGACUGGAAAGCACACUCCAAAACCUGUGGCACUAGAGAGUACAGAUGUGACUGUGGAACCCUCUUCUCAAGGAGGGACAGUUUCAUAACCCACAGAGCCUUCUGUGAUGCAUUAGCAGAGGAGAGUGGAAGAUCUGUGGCAGGCACAGGCACAGGAAUAGGCUUAGGCAUAGGCAACUCAAGUGAAACUCCUGAAGCAGCUCAUGCAGGAAUGAUGAUCUCUUCAGCUUCAGCCACUCACGAUGAAGACAUAUUCCAUGGAUUGAAGGAAGAGCAACAAAGUUUGAUGGCCCCUUGGGUUGGAGCACCAUCAUCAUCAUUCUUCUCUCCUCACGAAAACCCUAACCCUAGAGGUGGUCCCACUCUUCCUCACAUGUCAGCCACAGCGUUGCUGCAGAAAGCAGCGGAAAUGGGUGCAACGAUGAGCUUGACUAGGACCCACCAACAACAGCAACAGGCUCACGUGUGUACCAAUGCUGCUUUGGAUUUGUCCUCACGUGAGGACCAGAUGACCCCCACACUCCUUCACCAUGUUAUCAACUCUUUCUCUUCUCCCUUUCAAGGGACUUCUUUUGACCACACUUUUGGUGGCUGUGCGCCCAAAACAACCACCGCUCAUGCCGCCGGAAAUAAUAACAGUGAAGCCCUCACCAGAGAUUUCUUGGGUCUUACAUCCCUCUCUCACAAUGAUUUUCUCAACAUUGCUGCCAUGGGAAACUGCAUCAAUAACCAAACCCAAAACCCUUGGCAAGGUUAGUUACUUUCAUAUUUUUUCUUUAAUAAAAUCACACCUUCCACAACGACAACCGAAUCUAUCUCAUAAUCCGACCAAGGGUGGUUGCUUAUAGGUUAGCUCAGAUGUCUUACAUAUACAUAUGUGGAUUUUCUUUUUCUUUAUUUCAUUAAUAUAUAUACAUAUAUUUUAGCUUUUUACUUAUUUAUUUUGCUUCUGUGUAUGAUGUAUUGUCCAUCUUCUCAAUGGGAAUGACCUUUCAGAAUCCCAAUAUUUUCUUUCCUUA